AUGAUUACUCGUGCCAGGUUUUACCAAACCACGAGGUUUUUGAAGAACAAUAAGAAGGUCGAUCUUUCACAGUUUACGAGAGAAGAGAUUAUGAAGGAACGUAACCGUAGAAUUGAUGAGAUUCGUAGGUUUAAAGAUCGUACGGUGGCAUACUAUUUUACGAGUGUUGCUGUCCUAUUUUUAGGGCUUGCGUAUGCUGCAGUUCCACUUUACAGAGCCAUAUGUGCUAGAACCGGUUACGGAGGUAUACCAAUCACCGACAAACGUAAGUUUACAGAUGAUAAAUUAGUCCCAGUGGAUACGAACAAAAGAAUUAGAGUUGCAUUUACCAGUGAAGUGUCGCAAAUUUUACCCUGGAAGUUUGUUCCUCAACAGCGGGAGGUCUAUGUUUUACCUGGUGAAACUGCAUUAGCAUUCUACAAGGCAAAGAAUACUAGUGACAAAGAUAUCAUUGGGAUGGCCACCUAUAGUAUUACUCCUGGUGAGGCAUCACCAUAUUUCAACAAGAUUCAAUGUUUUUGUUUUGAAGAGCAAAAACUUGCUGCCGGUGAAGAAGUGGAUAUGCCAGUGUUUUUCUUUAUAGACCCUGAUUUUGCCAGUGAUCCCAGCAUGAGAAAUAUAGACGAUAUCAUUUUGCAUUACACUUUCUUCAAAGCACAUUAUGCAGAUGGAUCUGCAGUGUCGCCUGCUGCAGCAAAACCGGAAGUUGUUCCAGCUAAAGAGUAA